CAAACUUAUCUACUCAUCCCCCCCACUCAUCUCUCUCCACCCAUUAUCCUUACAUUACACGAUCACUCUCAUAAUUCCUCUGAGUUUUAACGGAGCCUAUAUUAUCAUUAUGGGAAACUGUUGCGGAACGACGUCGUCCUCUGCAGUUGAUCACUGGGGCGGCGAGGAUUGGAGUUUUCUGACAUCGAGCAAGAAUAGCAGGAACAGAAGCUCAACGAAGGUGUUUGAUGAAUUGAAGUUGAUGAACAAUAAAGAGGACAAGCUUCUUGUGGGAGAUUCAAAUGCUUCUUCUUCUUCUAAUGGUAAGAUUAAGAUAAAGAUUUCGAAGAAGGAGCUUCAAGUUUUACUGGGAGAAUUAGAGAAGCAGAAUAAGAAGAAGAAGAAGAAGAAUACUAAUAAUUCUGCAGAACAAGUUCUGGUUCAUUUAAUGGAGGCCAGAGAUCAGCAUCAUCAUCUUCAUCGUGCUGGCCAAAACUGGAGCCCUGGGUUAGAGAGUAUUCCUGAAGUUAACUGA